AUGUCUUUCACUGGAAAGUAUGAGCUGGAAAGCCAGGAGAACUAUGAUGAUUUCAUGAAGCUUAUUGGUAAGUCAUUGUUCAAUAACCUAUAUAUGUAACAUCAUAGUAUCUAUAUCCUUUCAUGAAAAUAUAUAAAAUGUAUCAUUAAUACACUUUUACAAUGAAACUGUUGGGGUUUAUUAAUUAAACUGGAAAUUGUAAAAAAGAAAAUGACAAUGAACGUGCACAUUUUAUACUAAAAUAGGUAACAUUAAAAAUUGCUGGUUUGAGUGUUUUUUUAUUUUAUUUUAUUUUUAGACCAGUAGCGCAUUUGUAUCUUCCAUUUUCUGUGAUACUGCUUGUAAUGCAAAAUAACUUAAAUGUUAAAUGAAUUGAUUGAUACUAGUAUAUAUUCUUGCUUUUAAAUAUAAUUUGGGGGAUCAUGGAUUUACCAAAUUAUUUUAUGCAGAGAGCAUGUUUUGCCAAUGUGGAAUAAAUGUUUAAGAAAAUACCUAAACAAGGGGUGAUAGUCUUUGAAUGUCCCAUAUGCAUGACCACAUUUUGGCCUUUCUUUUUUUUUCCUUUCUCUUUUAGUUGUUUUUUUUUUAAGACAAUACAAUAUGGAAAUAAAACAGCUCCCAGUGGGUGAACCUCUCCUAAAUCCAGAGAGCGUAGCAGGAACAAAUCAAGCUCUUACAAGGGCUUCCUCUGGGGAGUAAGUGAUUAUAGCAAUUCCCAGAGUGUAGCUAUCCCUUCCCCCAAGCAUGAGCCAAGGCUUCAAGAAAGGUGCAAGUAGGUCUGGUUUAUUGAGGGCUGCCUGCCUGGUAUUUAUGCAAGUGUCCACCAAGUGGACACUCCCCUAGGGGACCUGAUGGAACAAUGGGACACAUAUUGGAUAUUAGCCAAUCACAGACAAUACAAACAAAACACUCCCACAGUGACAUCACAAUCCCUCCUCACUAUCCUCGAGAUAAUUGGGAAGUAAUCAAAUUAUCUCCCAGGAGAGAGGCAAGACUCCAUUAACCACAUGGUUGCAAAAAGACAUAAAAUUACUCAAUGUUACAAUUACUAAAUAAAACAUAUACAUGCAACAUAUCCCCAGAUAGCUUAAAUCUGAGCGCACAUUAUUACCAAAUGGCGCUCAGAUGACCUACAUACAGUUCAAUCGCCAUGGAGCCAAAGUCUUUUCCAUAGUCUUUUGUUACACAAAUAGGCUUCAUGGCAUAAAUAUCUGGGGCAGCACUACUCACAUACUGAAGUCCUGAACUCCCCGGCAGAAAUACACAAAUAAACCUUUCUGCAGGAGAAAAUACAGCUAUCAGCACAGGGGCCAUAGUCGGAAGGCAGGAGGCUAGCCAGUAGUCCCCUCCAGGCACAAGUGGCAAAGGGCACUUCGUCACAUUAUUUAUACCAGAACCCCCAUAUGUAAUAAGGGUUCUGAUGGGGUCAUCUAGUGAAGGUAACAAGGGGUAACCCUAGUUAUAUAUUUAUAAAAGUGGCAACUUCUGUAGAAAUCUGCAAUGAUUGUAAAAAAAAAGAGGACAUACUCGUCACAGAUAAAAAUGUUUGAUAAACUAAAGUACUUUAGAGAUCCAGUAGGUUUAUUUAAACUUACAAGGCCAGCAUAUAAUAUUUUGAAAUUUUUUAUGAGUGCAAUGCACUCUUUCGAUUAUGUGAGAUGUAGCAGCCACAAACAGAAUAAACUCCUAGACAAACAAGGCAUUUAUUUAAAAUUGGCUUAGCUUUGAAAGAGUUAAAGAUAGUUUUAGCCAUGAAAAUAUGUUGCCUUGUGCAGUGGUGCUUCCAUAAGAAAGCUCACAGUUUAUUUACAAAUCACUUAACCCCUGCUGCGAAGAAAUUUAGGGUAUUGUACAGCGCUCUCGGUUAAAAGAAAUUAGAAAUAAGGGAAGGGCCUGCAAUUAACUGAAGCAACUAACUUUGUGGUCACUGGAGAUUUGCAGCAAAUAAUGCACAAUAACAACUAAUAAAUUACUGUAAUUAUGUAAUUAUUAUUAUUUUUCAGUAAUCCAUAAUGCAUUUAUACAAGAUAGUCAUCUCCAAUAUAAGUUUUUCUUUAUUGUACCUGGUUAUCAUUUUCAUCUGUAUAAUGACAUAGAUGGCCAUUUUGUUUUUUUAACAGGUAUCCCUGCAGAAACCAUUGAAAAGGGUAGAAAUUUUAAGUUCACCUCAGAAGUUGUCCAGAACGGAAAUACAUUCACCUGGUCCCAGAUCUAUCCAGGUCACACUAUGACCAACAAUUUCACUGUUGGACAAGAGUCUGAAAUGCAGACCAUGAGUGGCAAAAAGUUUAAAGUAAGUACUUUGUAAAAAUCUAUUUUUGAUAUGUGCUUUUUCUCAGGGUUUCGUUUCAGGUGUCACAAUGUAAUUUUAUGCAUAUGAUGACAAGUAAAAAUAGGAAGAGACAAUCACCUGUGGGUAUCACCAUUCUAGAAACAUACACAACAAAAGAAGAGAGUGGAUGGAGCUCUUCAAAUAAAACUUGUUAUCAUCUGUCAUGUUAUCAACUAGUUGUACCUGAGUACAGACAGAUGAUAAGUUUUAUAUAAAACGCUCCACACACUCUUUUCUCAUGGAAUGCCAAGUGUAUGUGUGAGCUCUCGUUAAUUGAUUCCCAUUACAUAUAUCCAUGUGAUACCAUGUGUAGGCAUUUGCCAUGCUUCUCCCAUUUGGUAUGAGUGUGGUUACUUUCCAGUUGCUGCAGAGGAUAAAUAAUUUAAUUGUGAUUGACUGCCAAAAACUGAAAAUUCGAGAUGAAGAGUUUUUUUUUUAGUUCAUGACUUUUUAAUGUUGUAUUAUGAGUAUAUAGAGUCUACUAAAAAAUCUAAACUAAUCUGCCAGAAAUAUUUACUUCAUAUUUUAAUAGACUCCCCAAAGAUCAUAAGCACUAUCACUUAUUAUGGCCUUGAUUUAAUAUUUUUGUAUAAGCUUUUCAAAUGAUUUAUCUACAAACAUCAUCAUUAAAGUCUGUGGGCAUUUUGGUAAAUAAAUCAUCUGAAAAGUUCAUCCCAAAAUAUUAAAUCAUUGGAAAGCUUACUCAAAAAUAUUAAAUUAAGGCCUAUAUUUGUUAUAAUAUCAGCAGGCUCUGGAUGCAAGCUCACACUGUACACAUACCUGGACAGUUAAUGUGGAAGUCAAACUUCCUUAUUGUGAUAUUGUCAUUUGGGAGGGAAGGCUUAUGUUAUCAUGUAAUUUUCCAUUUUUUGAAAUCUACAUAAACACUUCAGUCAGCUCAAGUUAUUAUGGUGCUGUGCUUAGGGGUGAGAUCAUGUAGAAUUUUCACAUCAGUCUGUCCUAGUGUAUAAUAAAUAUUGUAAAUUACACUCACACCACACACACACUCACACAUCUUCCUCUUCAAUUAGGAGUAACCCACCCAAGUCUCAUAGACCUACAGGUGUAAUGAGGAACAUCCGUGUCUGAGAGCUCUAAUACUGUAAUAACUGAGAAGAUGGGUGUUGACUACCUUUCAUUUCAUACAUUCUCCUCAGAAAAGUUGAGUCCUCAGCAUUGCAGUCUUUUGAAAGAUCUUGCAAGAUGUAUCUGGUGAUUCAUUCACAAUCUUUGUGAUGUUUGAACUUUGUUAACAGAAAGGAAGUUGUGAUCAUGUGUGGAAAUUUUAAUUCCUGCUGGUAAAAGCUAUUGAGAACCUUAUGGACAUCUGUCUUGAAAAUCAAUACAACAGUGUUUACAAAGUGAAUUUCAAAUUCUAGACCAAAACAGCCUAUGAUUCCUCAUGUUUUCUAUGCUUUAAAUCAGCUAUUUUUGCCUAACAUUUUAAUUUCCCUUUGUAUUUGCUUUCAAUGCCCAACAAUUUACACUUUUGAUGAAUAAUCCUGCCACAAUGGCCUUGACUCUUCAUUAAUAUAUGAAAUAUAAUAUUCAAGAAUAAUAUAUACAUUGGCAUAGUCACAAAUCCCCCAUAUGCUGCAUUUUGGCAAACAUGGAAUCAUAAGAGUGUUAUUAUUGUCUGCCCAUAUAAUAAUAGAGAACUUUGUCUCUCAAACCAGUUGUCAGGAAACACCAGUGGUCCAAACUAUACUGAAAAUCCCUAUGGAACAGAAGUGGUGAAUCCCUUAAUUAGGAAUUGGAGCUUUAAGAAGCACUGAUGUAGAGAACAUUGCGGACACAAUAUUCCUGUUGUACAAUCAUAAUUGUAUACAUUUCUAUUUCUUUAGGCAGUUGUAAAGCUUGAAGGUGGAAAACUAUUGGUGAACUUUGACAAAUACAUCCAUACAUCAGAGAUUGUCAAUGGAAAUUUGGUGGAGGUGAGCAAAAUUAUCAUACUCUUUAGUCAGGUUACAUCAUCUGGUAGUUAGGUUAGACAUGUGAGUCAUUGAGGUCAUCAACAGAAAGUCAAUCAUGCAUGUAAAAGAGAGACGGUUAUACGUAACACCAGUCUGAAGUGUAUUGAGAGUUUAUUCAACCAAUGUGGACUCAUAGGGUAUUUGUAGGGUCAAAAUGUUACAUUCCUCAUUUACAUUAGGGCUGCUAACUUAGAGGCACAAGUAUUUCUGUUUAUAAAAGGAUCACUAAAGGUACCCAGACAAGUUCAUCUCAAUGAAGUGGUCUUGGUGCAGUGGUCCUUUAGUUUUAAACCCCUGUUUUAAACCCCAGUUUAGUAUAUGCAAUUGCCUGGUUAAACACGCCUUAUCCCCAGCCAUUAGAGGAGCUUCCGAAAUGUGAGUGUGUGUUGCUGGCUUUUGUAUGUUUACCUACAUUGUCUGGUUCUUUGCGUUCAUUAAAUUCUCAGUGUUAAAACACAGUAUUUAAUACGUUGACAACCAGUUUUCAUUAUUUGGGUUUACUUUUCAAGGUUUGGUUUUUAGAAAACAUAUUCUCCAAUAAUUCUUGAGUUAAAGGCUGUGAAUUGCAGUGCAUGAUUUUCAGCAAUAUUAAAGAACCUGCUUACCUUUGCCAUCUCAUCCAACUGAGACAGAAACCGUAAAAGUUUAUGUGAUCAUAUCUCUUAGGAUGAUAUAAUCUAUGUACAAAUAUUUUAGACUGCCUGCAAAGUAACCUUCAAUACAACAUGUGUGUUUUUUUAUUUCAGACUUCUGUUGCUGGUGGUGUUACUUUCAAGAGAAUCAGUAAAAGGGUGGCAUAA